AUGGCCCAAAACGGUCGCCAAAAAAGCGCCCGCCACCUGCUGCUCCUGCCGCCGCCGCCCUCGCCGCCGUCGUUCGUCACGCUCCAGGCUGCCUACGACGCGACGCUAUGCCUUGCCCUGCACGAGCUCCAGCGCACCCCGGCCUCCACCACCGGCGCUGCACUGCUGGAGAUUGCGCUGCCGUGCCCGCAUCUGCACGGCAAUGAGCGAGCGCCGCGCGGCGCGCUCUUUGCGCGCACGCAGAGCCUGGUGGCCGGCCUCUACAAGCUGAUCUGCGUCAUUGCCGCGCGCGAGGGCAUCGACGUCGAGAGCGCCGACGGCGUCGAUGCACGCGUGCUGCUGCUGGCCUACCCCAGAAACGGCGCGCUGAGCCAUCUGCCCGCUGAGGGCCGAGCCGAGGGCGAUCUACAAGGGCCGGUCAUCGACAUUGGCACGUUGGCGCAGAGCGGCAGAUCAUGGGAAACGGUCUACGCCGUCGAAAGCGAGGCAGGGGAGCAGGUGCUUAAGAAUUUCCAGGGGCUCGGGAAGCGCAUGCACAACAUCAAGAGGCUGCGUGGAGGCAUCGUGCAGGUAUCAGACGGCCAUGCGAAUGAGCCUACCCUGGAUGAAGCCCGGAGGCAUCUCUCCGUCGCCGUUGGUGGAACGUUUGAUCAUCUGCACAUUGGUCACAAGCUGCUGCUUACCAUGACGGCCUUUGCAGUCGAGCCCGCCACGAGCGUCGACGGGCCCCAACGCAGCAUCACCAUCGGCAUCACCGGCGACGAGCUGCUCAAGAACAAAAAGUACGCCGAGUAUCUCGAGAGCUGGGACGCCCGGCAGCGGCGCACUUUUGAUUUUCUGAGCUGCAUCAUCGAUUUCACCGCGCCGGGGGGAGGCAUGCAGAAGGUCGAGGAAGUGAAGGACCCCGGUCCGAACGGGCACGCCGUCAACAUCACGCUACCCACCCAGCUGGUGCUCAAGUGCGUCGAGAUCUGGGAUCCGUAUGGUCCCACGAUCACAGACGAGGGCAUCUCGGCCCUGAUCGUGUCUGGAGAAACGAGAUCUGGCGGGAAGGCGGUCAAUGCCAAGCGCCAAGAGAAGAGCUGGCCGGAAUUGGAAGUAUUCGAGGUGGACGUCCUGGAUGCGCAGGAGGAGCAGGAAGAAGGCGUCGAGCAGAGUUUCCACAGCAAGCUCAGUAGCACGGAGAUUCGUCGCCAGCAGAGCGAGAAGUCUAGACCAGCGGGCCAGGCAUGA